AUGCAUUCGCUUUGCUCGCUAGUGCUGGAGGGAGACAACUGCGUGUUCGACGGCAUGAUUUAUCGCAACGGGGAGACGUUCCAGCCCAGCUGCAAGUACCAGUGCACCUGCCGAGACGGACAGAUCGGCUGCAAAAAAAGCCUGCCCCGCUGUAACCUGGACCUGCUGCUCCCCGGCCCCGACUGCCCUUUCCCCAGAAAAAUCGAAGUUCCUGGAGAGUGCUGUGAGAAGUGGAUCUGUGACCCUAAGGAUGAAGUGAUUUUGGGAGGUUUUGCUAUGGCAGCCUACAGACAAGAGGCCACACUCGGGAUCGGCGUGUCGGAUUCAAGUGCCAAUUGUAUUGAGCAGACCACAGAAUGGAGUGCAUGUUCUAAAAGCUGUGGAAUAGGCUUUUCCACCCGUGUUACCAACAGAAAUCAACAGUGUGAGAUGGUGAAGCAGACACGGCUUUGCAUGAUAAGACCUUGUGAAAAUGAAGAGCCAUUUGAUAAGAAGGGGAAGAAAUGUAUCCGAACAAAGAAGUCCCUGAAAGCCAUUCGAUUUGAAUACAAGAACUGCACUAGUGUGCAGACAUACAAACCUCGGUACUGUGGCCUCUGCAAUGAUGGGCGAUGCUGUACCCCACACAACACCAAAACGAUUCAGGUCGAGUUCCGCUGUCCUCAGGGCAAAGUCCUAAAGAAGCCAAUGAUGUUGAUCAACACCUGUGUCUGUCAUAACAACUGUCCUCAGAGUAACAUUGUUUUCUUCCAGCCAUUAGACCCAACAUCUAGUGAAGCAAAAAUAUGAAAAGCACAGAUUAGGUAGUGCAGAAGGUAUAAAAAGUUCAUACAAAACUUGACCCCCAAUCAGGUGAAUGUAACAGUUGCAUACAUAAAAUAUCUGAGAUGUUUUUCAAAACAGUCUAGGCUCUUUCAGUUUUCCUGUAGUUUAUUAAAUACCUCAUCUUACAUUUUCGCCCUCCAAAUGUCUUUUAUUCAUUUGAAGGAAAUGUUGUACCUUGGACAGAGCCGCCUUCUUUUCUUGACGGUGGCAUAAAGAUUACGAAGUGAACAGCUAGACUUUCUCCUUGAGUUAAGGGGAUCAUGCCAGGAGUUUCAGUAGCUGUAAGACUGGGCUCUUUAAGAGUAAAUUGGUUCCUUGGGGAAUGCAUGAUACCAUAUCUUGUAAGCUUCCAGGUUCUUAACUUCACUUUGCAUAAUGCAUAUAAACAUGCA